UAUCUCUGGUGGUGAUCAUGUUCGAGCUGACUGGUGGAGUACGCUACAUUGUCCCACUGAUGGCAGCUGCUAUGGCCAGUAAGUGGGUGGGAGAUGCAUUGGGCCGACAGGGAGUCUACGAUGCUCACAUUAACUUAAACGGCUACCCCUUCCUCCUUUGCGGUAUGGUAUAUUCUGCAAGUGUUAUAUUAUGAAAAUUUUAU